UGCUGGUUUAUAGCUAACAAAAGUUGGGAUUAGCUUGGACGGAACAACCAACAACCGACGACGAGACGACUCCACACACGCAGCCGUGGACGCGCGCUUCUCCCAAGCAAGCAGGUCCAACCCCUCCCUCCCUCCGUCCCUCCAUCCAUCCGCAGCACUAGAGCCUUCGCCUCGCUAGAUCUCGCCGCCCGCCUCGAUUUGUUUUCUCGGCCUCUCUCCGUAGCUCGCUCGGCAGAUCUGCGCCUCCCCUGGGAACCUCCGUCGCUUCCGUCCAAAGACCCGAAUCUUUUCUUGCUCUUGCGCUCAGGCUUCGUCCGGAUCGUGCGGCGGGGGUCCAGGAUGAUGGGUCCUGCUCCUUCGUGGUGGGCUGUGCUGCUGCUGGUGCUGCUGGCCAUGGCGGACGCCGUGGCGGGGAGGUUCGUGGUGGAGAAGAACAGCGUGCAGGUCACCUCGCCGGAGAAUCUCAAGGGCAAGUACGAGUGCGCCAUCGGCAACUUCGGCCUGCCGCAGUACGGGGGCACCUUGCAAGGCUGGGUCGUCUACCCCAAGGACAACAGGCAGGCCUGCAAGGAGUUCGACGUCUCCUUCAAGGGACACAAGUCGGGAGCCCGCCCCAACUUCGUCCUCAUCGACCGCGGAGAAUGCUUUUUCACAACAAAGGCAUGGAAUGCGCAACUUGCUGGAGCUGCAGCAAUUCUCGUUGUGGAUAGCAAGGACGAGCCUUUGAUCACAAUGGACAACCCAGAAGAUACUGGCACGAAGCACUUAGAAAAUAUCACUAUUCCAUCUGUGCUGAUAACAAAGAAAUUGGGCGAGGACCUUAAGAAAUCUGCUGAAAAUGGUGACAUGGUUAGUGUCCUCCUGGAUUGGAGGGAAUCCCUUCCCCAUCCUGAUGAGCGUGUAGAGUAUGAAUUCUGGACAAACAGUAAUGAUGAAUGUGGUCCUAAAUGUGAUAUGCAAAUGGAUUUUGUGAAGAGCUUCAGAGGAACUGCACAAGUUCUUGAGCAGAAGGGUUACACACAAUUCACUCCUCAUUAUAUUACAUGGUAUUGCCCGGAAGCUUUUACCGUGAGCAAGCAAUGCAAAUCCCAGUGCAUAAAUCAUGGGAGAUAUUGUGCACCUGACCCAGAGCAGGAUUUCAGCAAAGGAUAUGAUGGAAAGGAUGUCGUGGUCCAGAAUUUACAUCAAGUCUGUGUAUUCAAGGUUGCCAAUGACACUGGCAAGCCAUGGUUGUGGUGGGAUUAUGUACAUGACUUUGCCAUUAGAUGCCCAAUGAAGGAGAAGAAAUACACACAUGACUGCGCAAGUCAUGUUAUUAAGUCACUUGGUUUGGACAUGGAGAAGAUAAACAAGUGUGUUGGAGAUCCUGAAGCUGAUGAGGAAAAUCCAAUUCUAAAGGCGGAACAAGAUGCCCAAAUUGGUCAUGGUAAACGAGGAGAUGUCACAAUACUGCCAACCCUUGUCGUCAAUAACAGGCAAUACCGAGGUAAGUUGGACAAAGGUGCCGUGCUAAAAGCAAUCUGUUCGGGAUUUGAGGAGACAACUGAGCCCGCUAUUUGUUUGAGUGAAGAUGUUCAAACAAAUGAGUGUUUGGAGAACCAUGGAGGUUGCUGGGUCGACAAGGCUAAUAACGUCACCGCAUGCAAGGAUACCUUCCGUGGGCGUGUUUGUGAGUGCCCUAUUGUCAAAGGUGUAAAAUUUGUGGGGGAUGGAUAUACCAACUGUGAAGCUUCCGGUGUUGGUAGGUGUGAGAUCAACAAUGGAGGAUGCUGGAAAGAAACUAAGAAUGGGAAGACAAUAUCUGCCUGCUCGCAUGAAGAAUCUGAAGGCUGCAAAUGUCCACAAGGUUUCAAGGGCGAUGGUGUAAAAAGCUGUGAAGAUAUUGAUGAAUGCAAAACGAAAUCUGCCUGUCAGUGCAAUGGCUGCAGUUGCGAAAAUACAUGGGGAAGCUACGAAUGCAGCUGUGGUAGCAGCAACAUGUUAUACAUGAGAGAGCAAGACACGUGCAUCAGCAAGCAAGCUGCCUCCUCAGUCGGGUGGAGCUUCAUGUGGGUUAUUUUCUUUGGACUUGUAUUUGCCGGGGUCGGAGCAUAUGCAGUAUACAAAUACAGGCUACGGAGCUACAUGGAUUCGGAGAUCCGCGCCAUCAUGGCUCAGUACAUGCCUUUGGACAGCCAAGAAGGUGCAAACCAGCAACAGCAUGUGGCGCAUGCUGGUGAUAUCUGAGACCAGAUGGCACACGAAGCGUGCAGCAUAUUUUACCAUGGGUGGCGUCGGCUUUACAGCGCAAAGAUACAAUUUGUACGCGAGGAGAUUUGAUGUAUGAUUCUAGGAGUUACACUGUUGUGCACCUUCAUUUUGUGAGACACGAUGAACAGCAUAGGCGAUAUUGUCCCCCUUUGUCGGCUCUAGACUCUUGCAUACUACGUACGUGUCAACAUCCUGUAAAUACUUGGUGUUCAGACAACUUGCCCCCUUAUAUCUGAAUAAAUCUGGAGCCUAGAUGUGGUAUGCAA